UCAAUGAAUUAUCGAGUGAUAUAUCGAGUUGCAAUAAUUAUCAUAAUCAUCAGACUGCUGCCUUCUUUCCAUUUCUGCUGCCGGCUGCUGCUCUUGUGAGUACCUGGUCUGACUCGAUGGAGUGCCUUUCUUUCUCAAGAAAUCAUAAAUAAGUGAGUGAAAAUUUAUUGUUUUAAUUUUCAU